GCGACCCCAUUUGGUUAGGUAGUUCCUGUCCCCUGCGUCUUCGUCUCACCACCCCACCACCAGCUCGCCGGGAACUCUCGCCGGAGCCCGUUUCCGGCGAACUCCGGCGAGCCCUCUCGGACGCGGAGCGGGAGGAGGCGGGGGCACCUCUGGGAAUGCAGGGCAGCGGACAGAGCUGGGUCGUCGUUGCUGCUGCUGCUGUUGCAUUCCUCUAGGGUUAGGUAGCUGUUGUAGCUUUCUCCAUUUUUCUCCUCCUCCCUCUCGCCGCGUGAGGGGGGUCCCUGUCGCCGCCGUCACAUUGGGCUGCGGGGGCUUUGUUUGGGCGGCGUGAUCCGCCGUCUUCGAGCUCCGAGGGGCGGUCGCGACUCAUGGGAGCAUCUGUCCCGCCUGUCACUGCAACUUGCAAAUUCGUGCGGAGUUUUUGGCUCUGAAGAGGUUGAGGUGGCUGCGGGCGCCGAUCUGGAUGCCAUCUCAGGUCAUGGAUCAGAGGCACCAAUUGUCCCAGUACAGGAAUCCCAUCGUGACAGCUUCCUCCUUCAGCGAUGAGCUUCUCCUCCCCACAGAGAGGCAAAUUGGAUUUUGGAAGCCGGAAUCCAUACCCCAUAACAUGGGAAGCAAGUCGGUUGCAUCGUCUCCACUGGAAAAGCCUCAACCAAUUGGGACCAAGAUAGCAGGUCGACUAGAGCUUAUUCAACAAUAUGAUCCGAAGGAUCAGAAAACUGCAUACAGUCUCGAGCACAAGCCGUUCGGUCAAGAGAGGCAUGCAAACCUGCCACCAUCUCCUUGGAGACCUCAGCAAAAUCCUAGUUCCCAAUCUGCUUCAUCCUUAAAGGCGACACCUUUACUAUUUCGUGAUGAGAGAAGGACUACUACAAAUGAGGUCUACAACGAGAAUGGGCUUUUCUCGAGCUCGCUUUCUGACAUUUUUGACAAGAAACUGAGAUUAACAACCAAUAAUGCUCUUGUCGGAAAGCCAAUUCAAAAGGUUGAUCUAAACCAUGUCGAUGAUGAGCCGUUUGAGUUGACUGAGGAAAUUGAGGCCCAAAUUAUUGGAAAUCUGCUUCCUGAUGACGACGAACUGUUAUCAGGUGUUCUCGAUGAAGUUGGGUACGCAGCCCAUACUAACAAUGGGGAGGAUGUUGAUGAUGAUAUAUUCUACACUGGAGGCGGGAUGGAACUCGAAACUGAUGAAAGUAAAAAGUUGCAAGAACUUACCGGUGGAGCUAACGACGGAUUUGGUUUUUUGAAUGGUGCAUUGAAUGGUGAACAUCCACAUGGGGAACACCCUUCCAGAACCCUUUUUGUUCGGAACAUUAAUAGCAAUGUUGAGGACUCUGAAUUGAAGCUCAUAUUUGAGCAUUAUGGAGAUAUCCGCACCCUUUACACUGCAUGCAAACAUCGAGGUUUUGUGAUGAUAUCUUACUAUGACAUAAGGUCUGCACGAAAUGCUAUGAGGGCACUUCAAAACAAGCCUCUCAGACGUAGAAAACUUGACAUACAUUACUCCAUUCCCAAGGACAAUCCUUCGGAGAAGGACGUUAACCAGGGAACUCUUGUUGUGUUUAAUGUUGAUCCAUCUGUAACAAAUGACGAUCUUCGUCGGAUAUUUGGUGGCUAUGGUGAAAUCAAGGAGAUUCGUGAUACUACACAAAAGGGUCAUCACAAAAUAAUUGAAUUUUAUGAUAUCAGAGGAGCCGAAAGUGCAUUACGUGCUUUAAAUCGGAAUGAUAUCGCAGGCAAGAAAAUCAAAUUGGAGAGCAGCCAUCUGGGUGGUACUAGACGCUUGAUGCAGCAUCUGUCUCCAGAAUUAGGGCAGGAAGAGUUUGGUGUAUACAAACUGGGGAGUCCAAGCACAAGUAGCCCUUCAAUGGCUUCUUUUGGUUCAUCUAAUUUGGCAACACUCACCUCCACUGGCUUUGAAAAUGGGAGUAUGGGUAUGCUUUCUGGAAUUCAGACAUCAAUGAGCUCAUUCAGGGAUGCAUCAUUUCCAGGCCUAUCCUCUACCAUACCACAAAGUUUAUCCUCUCCCGUUGGAAUUACAUCUGGUGUAAAUAAGGCUACCCUUGGUGAGCUUAGCCACUCACUUGGUCGGAUGAAUGGGCACAUGAAUUAUGGUUUCCAAGGCAUGGGUGGAUUAACUAAUGGUAGCCCUUACAACACCAUGACACCAAUUGGCGUUGAUAGUAAUUCAAGAGUAGCUGAAGCGGUGGACAGCAGGCACCUCCAUAAAGUGGGCUCUGGUAACCACAAUGGACAUCCAUUUGAUCGUGCUGAAGGAGCUCCUGGGUUUUCAAGAAGUGGAAGCCUCCCUCUCCGUGGUCAACAUUUAAUGUGGAACAAUUCAAAUAACUUCCAUCAUCACCCCAAUUCUCCUGUGCUGUGGCCAAACCCAAACCCGGCAUCAUUUGUAAAUAAUGUUCCAUCUCGACCGCCUGCACAAAUGCAUGGAUUACCAAGAGCACCAGCACACAUGCUUGAGAAUGCCCCUCCCAUGCAUCAUCACCAUGUUGGAUCUGCACCAGCAAUCAAUCCGUCAGUUUGGGAUAGGCGGCAUGGGUAUGCAGGAGAUUUGACAGAAGCACAAAGUUUCCAUCCUGGUAGUGUUGGGAGCAUAGGGUUUCCUGGUAGUCCUCAGCUUCACUCAGUGGAGCUUAAUAACAUAUUUUCCCCAAAUGGAGGAAGUUGUAUGGAUCCAGCUGUGUCUCCUGCACAGAUAGGCGCACCUUCUCCUCAGCAGAGGGGUAUGUUCCAUGGAAGGAACCCUAUGGUACCACAUCCAUUGUUUGAUUCACCUGGUGAGCGGAUGAGGAACCGAAGAAAUGACACAAGUGCUAAUCAGUCCGAUAAUAAAAGGCAAUAUGAGCUUGAUGUUGACUGUAUUCUGCGUGGUGAAGACUCUCGGACUACACUGAUGAUAAAGAAUAUCCCAAACAAGUACACCUCAAAGAUGCUUUUAACUGCUAUUGAUGAAAAUCAUAAAGGAACUUAUGAUUUUAUUUACCUGCCUAUUGACUUCAAGAAUAAAUGCAAUGUUGGCUAUGCUUUUAUCAAUAUGACCAAUCCUCAGCACAUCGUUCCGUUUUAUCAGACUUUCAAUGGUAAAAAGUGGGAAAAAUUUAACAGUGAGAAGGUAGCAUCACUUGCUUAUGCCAGAAUUCAAGGGAAACUAGCUCUGAUUGCUCAUUUCCAGAACUCCAGUUUGAUGAAUGAGGACAAGCGCUGCCGCCCCAUCCUCUUCCAUUCAAAUGGCCCUAAUGCAGGGGAUCAGGAACCAUUCCCUAUGGGUGCAAACAUCCGAGCCAGGUCAGGGAGAGCUCGGACUUCCUCUGGCGAAGAAAACCACCAAGAAAUCUCAUCAACCUUGGCCAGUUGUGACACUUCUUCCAACGGAGCUGACACUUCAGGCCCCACCAAGGACACCGAGUAAUCCAAUUGCUUCGCACUUGAUCGCUAACCAUAAGACCCAAGACUAUAACUUCUGCAACCCCAUUUCCAGUUCCCAGUUCCCUUUUCCCUUUUUCGUUUUGGUUUCUUUGGUAUGCCCCCUGAUCUGUAUUUAUUAACUUUGAUGAUGCGGGCCACCAAAGAUUUUUGCUAGAUUGCUGCAAAAUUUUGUCCCUGAUGGGAAGCAUGGAGACACACAGAGAGAGGGUGGUUCCAGUUUCCUUUGUACCUACCAGUAUGCAUAUUAACUGAAGGCUCAGAAAGGUAAAGAAAGAGGCGCAGGGCGAGCUUCCAGAUUUUGGUCACUGUAAGAAUCUAUUAACCCCAAGUUGUACAGCAGUAACCGUGCUGAGGGGAGAGAGCAAAGGAGACAUUUACAUCAGUUUUUAGUGGUGAUGUGUGGAGCGGAAGCCUGGUCUGCAAUUUCUUUUGUAACCUCUUCUGGUGUCUUCUGUGUUCCAUUUUGAGUUGAGGGCUCCUCUUAAGUUGUGUGCGGAGAAGUUCGAUUUUGUCACCGGACAGGGCACUUGUGCCCCAAUCCUGCUGGUCUUGUAACUUCUCACCGUCUUUGCUAAGUUCAUAUGUACAUCUUCACCCUCCAUAUAGUAUAAGUUUGUGUGCUCUGUUUAUGCCCUGAU